UACUCGCCUCUACAGCUGGAAGCGGCCCUACAGCCGUUCCCAGAGCAGUUGUUUCACCGGGUUAGCCGGCUGAGGCGGUCCUGUGUGAUGUUAUUGACACUCCGGACCGACCUCCAGGUGGAGCUUUUGACCGCUUUCUUAAAUACCCGUGGUCCGAGGGCGAUUCUUUCCUCAGACUCUUACCCUCUGGACCACAGUCCUGUCGUUAUAGAGCUUCUUUUUGGCACUCUCUCUGUGCCAGUCGCUUCAUUGUCACUGCGUUCAACAUCCACAUCAGGAGGGACAAUGGCAGGAGCAAGAGGUGGAGGAGGUGCUGGGUCUGCCACAGGAUGA